ACUAAGGGCGUAUACAAAACUCACAGCCACAAUGGGUGUGCAGAGAGCGUAUGCUGCCUCCUUGCUCCACGCACUGGUUGCUGUGUGUGCCCUCUGCUGGGCAUUGUCUGCUCGGUGUGUGCUUGGCCAAACCCAAACUGGGCAGCUGAGCGUGGAUGCCUCGCCGCAGAAUGCAAGGAACAUCCCUGAAAAGAUGUUCGGUAUCUUUUUCGAGGAGAUCAACCAUGCUGGGGCUGGUGGGCUGUGGGCAGAGCUCGUAAGCAACAGAGGUUUUGAGGCUGGUGGGCCGAAUACACCUUCAAAUAUUGAUCCAUGGCUGAUAAUUGGGAAUGAAUCAAGUAUCAUCGUCGGAACUGACCGGACAUCAUGCUUUGAACGUAAUCCUGUUGCACUUCGAAUGGAAGUUCUUUGUGAUUCUAAAGGAACUAAUGUCUGCCCAUCCGGAGGUGUUGGGGUCUAUAAUCCUGGUUACUGGGGCAUGAACAUUGAGAAAGGGAAGGUUUAUAAGGUGAGCCUGCAUAUUAGGUCAUCCGACACAGUGUCCUUGACUGUUUCAUUGACAAGCUCUGAUGGUCUAAAAAAGCUCUCUGCUCAUACCAUCACAGGUAGCAAGAAGGCCUUCGCCAAGUGGACAAAGAUAGAAUUUCAUUUGAAAUCCAGUCAAAAUAACACCAACUCAAGGCUUCAACUGACAACAAAUAAAAGCGGGGUAAUUUGGCUUGAUCAAAUAUCAGUUAUGCCAAUGGACACUUACAUGGGGCAUGGUUUUCGGAAAGAUCUUGCUUCUAUGUUGGCCAAUCUCCAGCCUCAGUUUCUCAAGUUUCCAGGCGGUAACUAUGCCAUGGGAAAUUAUCUACGAAAUGCAUUUCGGUGGAGUGAAACUGUGGGACCAUGGGAGCAAAGAGCUGGUCACUUUAAUGAUGCCUGGGGAUACUGGACUGAUGAUGGACUUGGAUUUUUCGAGUUCCUUCAGUUGGCCGAAGACCUUGGUGCUUCCCCAGUUUGGGUGGUCAAUGAUGGAGCAAGCCAGAAUGAAGAAAUUUCUACUGCAAUAAUUGCAUCAUUGGUUAAGGAUGUUGUUGAUGGUAUCGAGUUUGCUAGGGGAGGACCCAAGACGCCAUGGGGUUCAGUUCGUGCGGCAAUGGGACACCCAGAACCCUUUAAGCUUGAUUAUGUUUCAAUAGGGAAUCAAGAAUGUUGGAUGCUCUACUACAGAGGCAAUUACCAAAAGUUCUAUUCUGCGAUUAAAGCUGCCUACCCAGACAUCAACAUCGUAUCGAGUUGUGAUAGGUCAACUAUUUCGCCAUCCAACCCUGCCGAUCUGUAUGACGUUCAUGUUUACACCUCUUCUAGUGAUAUGUUCUCCAGAACUAGUAUGUUUGACAACACACCACGUGGCGCGCCGAAGGCAAUUGUUAGUGAGUACGCUGUAACUGGAAAUGAUGCUGGCAAAGGAACACUGGUAGCAGCACUAGCAGAAGCUGCAUUUCUCAUUGGACUGGAAAGAAACAGUGACGUGGUCGAGAUGGCAAGCUGCGCACCACUUUUUGUAAAUGACAAUGAUCGCAGGUGGAGCCCAGAUGCCAUCGUCUUCAACUCGUGGCAGCACUAUGGAUGCCCAAAUUAUUGGAUGCUACAUUUCUUCAAGGAUUCAAGUGGUGCCACCCUUCAUCCUACGACCAUUCAGAUCUCCAACUAUGAUCAGCUGGUUGCAUCUGCCAUCACUUGGCAGAAUACGAAAGACAAGAGCACUUACCUCAAAAUAAAGGUGGUCAAUUUCGGCAGCGGAGCUGUGGAUCUCAACAUAUCUGUAGCGGGACUGGCGAACGGCAUCAAGAACUCUGGAUCGACAACGACGGUCCUUACAUCUAGUGGGCCACUUGAUGAGAACUCCUUCCAGCAGCCAGAGAAGGUGGCGCCGGUGUCGAGCCCGAUAGCGAACGCGAAGCAGCAGAUGGAUGUGUCCGUGAGCCCGUACUCCCUCACCUCAUUUGAUCUGCUGCUGGAACCAAGCAAGCAUUCCAGCAUGUGAAGAAAGUAGUAUUAGUGAUACGAAGAGGAAAUAUAAUACUAUCUUCCUUCUUUUUACUUAUAGUUUACGACAACAUUCGGUCUCCAAUACAUGCAUUUAACUGUUGUUUUUUCUAAGUAUAUAUUUGUUAUCCAAAUUUACUAAAAAUAUAGUCAUUUGAAAGUACUUUUCAUUACAAAUGUUCUAAUAUAAUUUUUAUGUAUAUUAAUGGUUAAAGUUUCUAACUUGAGAAAUCAAGUGGAUAAGUGCCUUGUUGAUAUGUG